CGCGAAUGUUCUACACGCGUGAAACUAAGUCUUCCUAUGCAGGUCUUUAAACAUGUCCACACGGCAUGAUCACAACCACUGACAUCCACAAUACCAUCCUUCCGGUAGCAAGUGAAAGUGUGUCGCAAGUCUUACUCAUUAGUAAAUGUUUUCAUGGUUUUUGUUUUUUUUUUUUAACUGGCAGAAGACAAAUAACGAUUUGUUUGCUGAGAUGAGAAGCACUGUGACUCAUAUCCCAGACUCACCCGCGCAGUCGCUUUAUUGUUUCAGCCUGAUUGUGUGACUGAGCAGUUGUCACCAUGAGGUUGGCUGUCAAGCUCCGGAUGAUUUGUGUUCUACCAUGGUUCUACCUCUCACCUGGACAAACUGCAGGGGACAUGUCAACAUGCAAUGCCACAGCAGCAGAGCUGACAACAGAAGCCACUGUCACGUGUUUAUUUCCUGUUGACAUCAGAAGGUCCCUCCUAGGAUUCCGAGUUGAGCACUAUAAGCGCGAUUUAAAUGAAAUAGUUAAUGUAGCAGAUUGUAUGUGGACAAAUGGAAUCCUGGAUUGCACGAUGCCAAGUGGCUAUAAAGUGGGUAACUCGACCUCGGAGAGUUUUCAACUCAGAAUACCACAUUUCCAUGUAAAUCAUACUGGAGAUUAUUGGUGUGACUUGGACAACCACUUCAACAAGAGCUGCACACUACAUCAGCUUGCAGGUACCACAGGUUCCCAAGAGUCUACUAUCAUCGUUUCAGCAGUGGUCACACCUGCAGCUGUUUUAUUAAUCAUUAUCAUCAUCGUUAUCGUCAUCAUCGCUGUUACACAAUAUCGUCGUCGAAAAAAAAGACACAGGAAUAAUUCACGAACGCCGGGUCACGAUGACAAUGACAUCCCCAACACAGAUCAGAGGGAGGAGCUGAUUGAUCAAAGACAAGAGUGUGGGUCUGACAACAAACUUCAGUCAAUAACAUCCAUGGCUACUAUAAGCUGCGAACCCUACAGUGGACGGCUGACAGCUUGUGAAGAACAACAACAACAAACACCACUCGUCAACACUAAUGAAAUCUCAAGCAAAUCCCUGACGAGGGAGUCCACACACGCUGACAUCAUCACCGCCGUGACUACAUUGUGUUCUAGUGUUGUAAAACAAAACACAGCUACCAGAAUUUCCUGUCAGCUGGAUGCCGAUGGUUCCAUAAAACUUGUGUAUGAGACAGGUUUGCCAGGAGUCAACCCAGAGCAAGAACCAGUCAGUGUCGGGCAACUGCAAACUCAGUCAGCAUCCCCCUGUAAAAUACUUGCUGUACACCAGGAACAAACAAGUCUGUCUCCUGAUACAACCUGGUCUGUAGAUAAUGAGCAGAGUGAAGAAAAAACAAGCAUUGCUGUUCAAGAGGAAAUAACCUCGAUUGUUCACAUGAGAAACCUUGAUCCUCACACCUAUGAAUAUCCUCUGGAGGAGGACAGCAGCAGCUUGGAGCAAACAUGCAAACUGAAGAUGCUGUCCAUGUCUGAUGACAACAGUCUCACAAAACCUCUUCAUCUUUACUCCUCUUAAUAUUAUAUUGCUGCUGUGUACUUUACAAGUGGUAUCAAUAUUUGUACAGAUUAGAGUGGGGAUGAAUGAAUCUUUGUAGACAGUACUAGUGGUCAUGGAUGUGUCUGUGUACACAUUACUAUAUUUCUCUCUAUAGAUAUAUUUGUAAUGCAUUUUAAUGCAAUUAUCAGUAAGACACCUACUGUUAGUACAACCAGUUCUGUUACUAUAUCUGCACUAUUUU